AUGAAAGAAAAAAAUAUAAAUAUUAUGGGAAUAGCAGAAACAUGGAUAUCAAAUAAAUCUGCAAAAUAUAUAUAUAAAGAUGAACAAAAUUAUAUGUUUUAUCAUAAUAAUAUAGAAAAAUCAAGAAGUAUUGGAGUAGGAAUAAUUGUAAAAAAUAAUUAUUCAAAAUUUGUAUAUAAUUCUGGCUCUUUUGAAGGAAGAAUAAUUUUUAUAGACUUAGCAUUUAAGGGAAAUAAUAAAAUACAUAUUAUACAAUAUUAUGGUAUAACUACUGAAUUAACUGCCAAAUGUAAAAAAGAAGAUAAGAAAUAUACAACAAAGUUAAUAGAAAUUAUUAAAGAAGGAAGAGCUAACCAAUUAGAAAUUUUGGUUAUGGGAGAUUUUAAUUGUGAUUACGAAGACUAUAAACAAAAUUUAUAUAUGGGUAAAAGUAUCAAUUACAAAGAUAUGAUAUUUGACAAAUUAGAAAAUAAAUAUAAUUUAUAUGAUCCAGUUAAAUUAAUAUAUAAUAUUUCUCCUAAUAAUCGCAUUUCAACCUUUAUACUGAAAAAUAAAAAACAUAGGGCAAGACGUUUAGAUUAUAUUUGGGUUACAGAACGUUUAUUUAUGCAACAACAAGAUACUACAAUUAUUAAACUUACAAGUGAAUUUGGAAUUAAUACUGAUCAUAAAAUGUUAACCUUUUCUAUGUGGACAGAUGAAUUGGUUGGACGUAUUUCUUUAUCAAAACUAAAGAAAAAAAUAGAUAUUAAUAGAAUAAUCUAUCAAUAUGAUAAAAUGGAUAAUGAAAAAUGGAUACAAUAUCAACAAGAUCUUAAUGAAUAUAUAGAAAAAUAUAAUUUAUCAAAAGAAGAAAUUUCAAAUCAAAAUAAUCUAGAAACAAUCUGGAAUAUAAUUAAACAAGGAUUUUUACAAACAAGUGAAAGAAAUAUUCCUGUAGAAAAAAUCAAAAACAACAAGCAAAGAAGUAAUCCUUUAAGACAGUCUUCAGCGUAUAAAUUUUUAAAAUUUAUUAAAAAUUUAAAAAGUCUAUUAAAGAAACCAUCCAAUAUAGUUAAAAUUAAAAAAAGUUGGACAAAAUACAAAGAAAAAUUAACAAAAUAUUUCUAUGAUAAAAUUAAUUUUGAUUGGAAUAUUCGUGUAUCUGCUGAUAAUAUACAAAAGAUUUUUAAUGCAUUAAAUAAUUUAGAAAUUCUAUAUUAUACACAAUAUAAUAUAGAGAUAACAAAAUAUAAAGAAGAUAAAAUUUUAGAGGCAGUUGACCAACGUUGUAGAGAUUAUAAAGAUAAUCAAAAGAAGAUGAUUGAUAGUAUUAUUGAACGAGAAUUUAAAGCUAUAGUUAUAGAUAAAUUACAGAUAUAG